AUGCGCGGGCUCUUCGCCGUUCUCGUCGCCGGCGCCAUCGGCGACCCCGCGCAGUUUGAGAUGGACAAUCGCGGAGCGCAGGCGCGCGAGGCGGACGUGCAGAAGGUGAAGCAGGACUUCCACAUCACGGGUACGGAGGGAGCGCAGUGGGACGUGCAGGUGCUGAGCAAAGUGGUGCGGGAGAGCUUCCCCGCGAUGGACUUCGGUGAGCUGGUGAAGCUGUUCGACAGCCCCAACAUCGAGGUGGUGAGUCCGCAGUGCCUGACCUGGCUGGUGCCGCUCUUCCUGCGGCUGCUGAAGCAGGGCUUCCCGAACGACUGGCUGUACUCGCUGUGGAAGAACAAGAGCAGCCAGUGCUUCUUCCUGAGCUUCCUGAUCCACAUGAGCAAGCGGAUCUCCGUGUUCAAGAACUCGCCGCAUCAGAUCGAGCCGAGCAAGAUCGCCGCGGGGGAGUUCGCGUCCUGCUGGACGUCGCUGGAUUUGGUCCACGUGUUCAUGCAGCUGCUGAGCACGUCGGACUUCGCGCGGCGGCUCUACACGUCGCUGUGGAGCAACGCGCGCGACGUGACGGUGAUGAUGUACGCGCUGGUGCAGCUGAACGGGCCCUGGGACGAGACGUACAUCGACUUCACGGCGUCCGUUCUGAUCCAGGAGACCUUGGUGGUGCGGAAGUUCCACAAGGACGCGUUCCUGAAGGAGGUCAUGGAGCGGUUUCUGGCGAAGAACGCGAACAUGGCGAUGACGACGAUCAUGAAGGCGUACCAGCUGGGCUGGGACCAGAUGAACAACUACAACUUCUUCAAGAUUCUGUACCAGUCGUGCUGCGAUAUCCCGCAGUUCGUCACGAUGUUUUCGACGGUGCCCGCGUCGCUGGUGAUCCGCAAUCUGCAGAUGCUGGUGCACUUCUCGUUCCUGCACUGUCGAAAGCAGGAAGAGAAGGUGCGCAUGGCGAUCUUCCAGUACUGGGAGACGGCCGGAUGGUACCUCAUCGACCUGCUGCUUCCCUUGCUGAACGAUUAUCUGGACGGGUUUUACGGCGUGAUCGACAACUUUUUGGACGCGGAGUACACCUGCGUGUUCCUGCUGCAGUGCAAGAACCAGCUGAACAUCUCUCCGGAGCGCGCCAGUCGCAUCGAGGACGUGCACAGCAAGAUGUUCUCUCCCGGGCGCGAGAACUUCAACUUCGUCGCGUCCCGCAUCGACGCGAUCCUCUUCGAGACCGGCAAUGCGGUCUCGCUCUUCCAGGAUCUCCACCAGAAAGUGGUGUCGAGAGGCAUUCCGCGCUACGUGGUCGCGAAGGUGGUUCUGCUGCUGCUCCGAAGCAUUCUCCCGAUCGACGUGCUCUGGACCAAUCUGCUCAAGCUCAUCAACAUGCUGGUCUGCUACAACAUGCUCACCCCCGACAGCGUCAGCGAGAUCGUCUAUAAGCUCAUCGCGCUCGCUCCCGAAGUCCCCGACCCCGACUUCCUUCAGCAAUGCGCAAUCAGAAGCUGA